AUGCAAGGGGCUUCAGACAACAAGCUUAAGGAACUCUUGGACAUAAUCACUAAAGAAAAUCGUCAUGACAAGAAACAUUUACUAGCUCAUGACAUCAUAUAUCAAACAGAUUCUUAUGAUCUGCAAGAUAAAAUCAAUUCAUGCAAAGCUAAAUUAGAAGCUCUACCUCAAGCUAAAACAUAUGAUGAAAUUAUAGAAGCAAUAGAGCUACUUAAAGAUCUAUUUAGAGAUAACGAAAGAGCAUUAGAAUUAAUAGGAGAUGUUGAAAAGAGAUUACAUCGAUGUCUGCAAGAACAUGAACUUUUCGAAUUCAGUAAUAAGCUAAUUGAUGUAUUCAAAGAAUUAUCAAAGGAGCGGACAGAAUGGUUUAAUCUUCUUGUAGCAAAUGCCUCAGAGUACAGAAACAAGUAUUACAAUUUGGCCGUGCAAUCAAACGUAUUGCUUAACGAGAACUCAAGGCUACUUACUUCCCCCUUUCGUGAGCGAACAAACCAUCAGAAAAAUCCCUAUUUUUGACCAAAACCCACCUACGUGAGCAGACAAAAUUUUGAUAUAUAAGUAAAUCUCGAGCUAGUUCUGUUUAAUUUUAAAUAAAUUGCGCUUUAAAACAUAAAUUUUAUAAAUUAAAUUAACAUUUGCUUUCGCAAAGUGUGACAUUUUUUAAAUUUAAAAAAAAAAUUUAACCCCCUCCGUGAGCGAACAAGAUAUUUUUGUUCGCUCACGGAGGGGGAAUUAGUGAAAAUCAAGAACAAAUUCAAGAGAACGUUUCGAACCAUAAUUUGAAUGAGAAACUUAUACAAAAGAUAAAAAGUCUUUCAGGUAUAGCAGAAGAAAAUAAGGCACUUUUUGAUGAUAAAAAAGAAAUGGAUGAGCGAUUUAGCUUUAUACAAAAGCAACUCGAGGAGCAAAAGCUAUAUUUUGAAAACAAGUUUAAAGCCCAGGAGAGACUAAUAAUGCAUUUUAAUAGAAAAAACCAAGAUAUUGAAGCAAAUUUUGAACGCAGAUUUCAGGAUCAGAAGAAUGAUUUUGAACUCAAGCUUCAGGAUCAGAAGAAUGAUUUUGAACUCAAGCUUCAGGAUCAGAAAGAAUGUUUUCAUAAUGAGAUUCAAGAUCUUAAAUUAGACAUCUGUAGUAUAAAGUUCAAAUCUACUAUGCGCGAGGUCAUUGGUUGAAUUCGUGACGACGUUUGCAAAGAGCUCACUCCCCUUAAAUUGCAAUAAAAUAUUCAUUUUUUGGGCCCUUUAAAAUUGAAACCAGAAUUUUAUUUUUAUAUAAAUAUUAUAGUUGAAAAUAUGAAUUUUUAUAUAUUAUAAAUACUUUGUCUUGAUUUUAUGAAAGAAAUGCAGGUAGAAUAUUAUUUUUAUUUUUAUAAAAAAUUUAAAAUUAUUUUUUUCAAUAAAAUAUCCCCCGCUUUAAAUCGGAACAGAGCUUUGGUUCUAGUUAAAGGGGGGAAUCAGUGUCUUUUUCGGAACAAAAAUAUCAAGUUUAAAUCAAAUUCAAGAAGCUAGAGAAUUAAAAGGGGAAACUGAAGAAUCUGUCAAUAUUGCGAUAAAUACUUUCUUAAACGAAGUAUAUAGAAUUGAUAUCGAUGCUUUCUUUGAGCUUAUAAAGGUCCGAAAAGACUUAAACAUAUUCAUCCAUAAUGGCUUGAUAGUAGAUGAUGAAGGGCUAGAAAUGCUAGUAAACUCAAAAACUGAGGAUCUAAAUAAUCUGCUAAGAUUAUACAAUCCUUUAAAAAACAUUGCUAAAGAUAAAGUAUCAAGAAAAGAUUAUCUAAAAGCGAAUAAUCUCUGCUUCAAAUGUGGUCAGACUUGGAAUUAUCUGAAUCACUCCUGCUUGAGUUGUUCUUUAUGUUUCGACAAAGGUCAUGAUCAGCAAGCCUGCCCAAGAAAGGAGAGGUGCGAAAAAAGGAGAAGAGCAAUUAGUGAUUAA